UAAGACGUUGGAAAAUAACGUCGCAGCAUUGCUGUUUUAAAACGCGUAAGCCAACGGAGGUCCUGUGUUUACAUCGGUGCCAAUUUUUAAACGCGUUCACGCACAACCUUUAAACUGCUUUGCACGUGCAUGCCUGUGACGAAUUCGGUCACUCAGGCGCCUUGUCUUUGGGGUUCCCUCCGUUCAAGAACGGGCUGCAGUUUUAAUGUCACAAUUCCCCACACCCCCUCUCUCCAAAAAAGGAGCGGUGGUGCGAUAUAGGGAAGAAGGAAGAGAAUGAUCUCGGUCACGCAUCGGCGCAUGCAUGGCAUGUCGCGUCACACACAGCGCACCCCGAGCACAAACACAGAGCGUGGUGGAGGGAGGGUAGGGAAUAAUGCAGGUGUGCGCAGAUCACAUAUGCUGGGAUGCGCUGGGUCUCUGAUGGGUUUAUGACACCUGAUAAACGUAGUUUCCCGGUCGACCGCUUUGUGUAUUAAUUUAUUCCAGCAGAGAGCGAGGCAUUUCUUUUUGUUAUGCGGGUUAUAGCACAGCACGCGGUCUCGCGUCUCAGCGAUAGCGGAGGAUGGUCAUCAAGUGAGUCGCGCGCUGGACGCGCGGGGGACUGACUCGCGGUGGCUUACGAGGGCUCUUCAAGAAGAGCUCGCAGACAGACAGCCCCGUUCCUCAUACCAAACCCACCACGUCUGUCCAUGCAUCACGUGUGGUAGGGCGGGGGGAGCGUUGCAUGAGCAGGCGCUCCGACGCGCUGUGAAGGCUAUCUAAUGAGAUAUCUAAUGAGGGCUACUACAGCUUCGGAUAGCUGCGUGAUGAAGUCUGCGCGUGUCUGCACUAAAUAAUGAACUCUCACUGAAGUCACGUUCCAGUUUCAUGCGUACGCUACAGUAGGACGCCAGUUUGCGCACACAUACGCUCGCCUGUAAACUCACCAUGUAAUACACACGUAGAUAAUAUACGGCGUCGCUCGGUUAAAUGACUCUCACGUUAUAGACGCUUCUAAUUAUGUUUCGAGCGCAUUCUCGAUAUUUUUACACGUUUUCGCACAUGUGUGUAUGUUUUUUUCGUUCGUCGUGAAAAGGAUGAUUCAGUUAAGUUGUGCGUGCUGAAGGGUGGCGUCUGAGUGAAGCAGCAGCCGUUUAUGCGCGAUUUUGACUCGGUCACCCUGCGCUCACCAGGCGCUGGGAGAGAGGGGGGGAGACGGGGUACACGGGUACAUAGCAAGGGGGUUGCUUCUCUUUGUGUCUAAUUUACCCCGAGCCUCGCCAGCGCUCGCCGACCAAAGCCUCGGAGGCACUCCAACUGCACAUAUGUUGUCAUGCCAGGGACCACGCUUUUUUAGCGCUCAGACACAAAAAAGGUAACUAACUCCACGAGAGCUGACGACCGUUCAGGGCUCUCUUGUGCCCAAGGCAAUCUGCAGCCUCCCUCACCACCACCACCACCCUCAUGCGGCCGGGAUCGCCAGCCUCUGCGACCAUGCGUCGUGCCAGCAGCAGAGGUGGCAGCUAGCCACGGUCGCCACCAGCUUCGGAGCACCCCCAAGCAGCUCCCACUCCUGCUCGUCGUGUUUCCCUUCGCCUUCCCUCGGCGCCCCCGUGCAGCAUGGAUGUGCGAGCUCGACUCCGGCUCUGGCUGUGGCUGCCGCUGUCCGUAGUGCUGAUUUUCCGGAGCGGCGGCGCCUCCGGCUCGGAGCUCCUGGUCAUGGGACUCAUGCCGCUCAACGAGAGCCGGGCGGGAGGUGGAAUCGGUCGAGGCAUAAUGCCCGCUGUUGCCAUGGCCGUUGAUCACGUCAACAAGGACGAUACCCUCCUGAAGCGACACCACCUCAAUGUCACGUGGUACGAUACUGAGUGUGACAAUGCCAAAGGGAUGAAGGCUUUUUUUGAUGCCAUCAAGAACGAAUCCAAGUACCGGAUGAUUUUUGGUGGCGUUUGCCCCAGUGUGACAUCUACAAUCGCAGAGGCCUUGCAGGGAUGGAACCUGGCACAGCUGUCAUUUGCGGCCACAACACCCGUGCUUUCGGACAAGAAGAAGUACCCGAACUUCUUCCGCACGGUGCCGUCGGACAACGCAGUGAACCCUGCCAUCGUGAGGUUCCUGCAGCACUACAAGUGGCAGCGCGUGGGCACGCUCGCACAGGACGUGCAGCGCUUCUCCGAGGUGCACAACGACUUGACAAAAGAGCUGGAUAAAGCGGGAAUCCAGAUUGCUGAAACGCAGAGCUUCUCCAAUGAUCCAUGUGUCAAUGUCCAAAACCUCAAGACUUCGGAUGUCAGGAUUAUACUGGGCCAAUUUGACGAAGAAAUGGCAGCCAAAGUCUUUUGCUGCGCCUAUAACGAAGGCAUGUAUGGGAGUAAGUAUCAGUGGGUGAUCCCGGGCUGGUACGGCAGCCGCUGGUGGGAGCAUACACAGCAGCAGUGCCCUCAGAAGAACCUCCUCAUUGCCAUGGAGAACUGCAUCUAUGUGGACUUCAUGCCACUCAGCACUCGGCCCGUUCGCACCAUCUCUGGGCUGACGCCACAGCAAUAUGAGGAGGAGUAUUAUCAUAUGUUGGGUGUGAGUGAGGUGGCACCGCACAGCAAGUUUCAUGGCUACGCCUAUGAUGGCAUCUGGGUGAUUGCGCAAGUUUUAAACCGAACGAUUGAGUUGCUGGAGGCGGACAAGAGCCUCAUUGCUUCCAUUGAGUCCUUCAGCUACACCAACCAACGCAUCGGACAAAUCUUGCUCGACGCCUUGAACGAGACCAACUUUUUGGGAGUCACCGGUCAAGUCUUGUUCAGAAAUGGAGAGCGUUUAGGAACGAUAGAAUUCAUGCAGUUUCAAAGUACCGAGAGGGUAAAGGUCGGUGAGUACAAUGCAGUUCCGGACACUCUGGAGCUCAUCAACAGCACCAUGCGUUUCCAAGGUCCAGACCCACCGUGGGACAGGACCAUCGUUCAGUCAAAGCUGCGAGAGGUGUAUCUACCCCUCUACAGCAUCUUGUCUGUACUCACUUGCUUGGGCAUGUUCAUGGCCUCUGCCUUCCUCUUCUUUAACAUCAAGAACCGCAACCAAAAGCUGAUAAAGAUGUCAAGUCCCUACAUGAACAACCUCAUCAUCCUGGGUGGAAUGCUUUCCUACAUGACCAUCUUUCUCUUCGGCUUGGAUGGGGCUUUGGUGUCCUCAGCAACGUUUGAGAACAUCUGCGCUCUACGCACGUGGACACUCGCCGUGGGUUACACCACCGCCUUUGGGGCCAUGUUUGCCAAGACUUGGAGAGUUCAUGCCAUUUUUAAGAAUGUCAAGAUGAAGAAAAAGAUAAUCAAGGAUCAGAAGCUAUUUGGAAUUGUGGGCGGGAUGCUGCUCAUCGACUUGGUGAUCCUCAUCUCCUGGCAGGUGCUGGACCCACUCAAGCGCAUUGUGGAGAUAUACCCUCGAGAGCACGAUCCAACGGGGAAGGACUUGACCAUUCUUCCGCUGCUGGAGCACUGUCAGAGCACACACAUGAACAUCUGGCUGGGCAUCAUAUACGCCUACAAGGGCCUGCUCAUGGUAUUUGGAUGCUUUUUGGCAUGGGAAACCAGGAACGUCUCCAUCCCGGCUCUUAAUGACAGCAAGUACAUCGGCAUGAGCGUCUACAACGUGGGCAUCAUGUGCAUCAUCGGGGCGGCGGUCUCCUUUCUGACGAGGGACCAGCCCAAUGUCCAGUACUGCAUCGUGGCUCUCGUCACCAUCUUCAGUUCCACCAUCACACUCUGUCUGGUCUUUGUUCCAAAGCUCAUCACUCUGAGAACAAAUCCGGACGAAGCCACACAGAACCGCAGGUUCCGCUUCACACAAAACCAAAAGCGCGAGGACACUCGCACCCCUCCGUCCGUCUCCAGUGUCAACCACACGUCCAACAGCCAAUUCGAUGGCUUGCAGAGUGACAAUCACCGCCUCCGCAUGCGCAUCACAGAGUUGGACUCUGAACUCGAGCAGAUCACUAUGCAGCUGCAGGAGAGCCCAGAGAAACUAACCAGCUCCUGGAGCAGCAACAACUACAUUCAGACUCCCAUUGGCUACGGCACCAGCACACAGAAGCUGCUGCUAAAUGACUCCGCAAACCAUGGAGUGAAAAACCAUUUGGGUCAGCAUUCCUGUGGCAUCAACAACCUCUCGAUGGACGUGCACACGGUGGGCGGAGGGAUUUCUACAAUCCUGCCGGGCAGCGAGGGACCCCUGGGGGGGCUUCAGUCACCAGAGAAACGGGGUCGGCCCGGGGUUGUUCGCUGGCACUGGAGGUGUCGCCUUGGAGACGUGCGAUAAGGGGUGAUUGAUGGCCUGACAGGCGCCAGCCUAAUGUGCAUCAAGGAUUCCGGUUGCGACGAAGGGUUGAGAACGAGACGCCGUUGGCAUUAAGCAGUGCUCUCCUCGCUCUGGGGCACGCGGCUUUUCCGACUCUCUCACCUUGGAGCGACUUCUCUUCGUGGCUCGGGAUUUGGGGGUCACCCUCGUGGUGACGGAGGACGACAACCUUACCUCCCUGCAAGUGGCCCGCGGCAUCCAGACACACCUCGACCUCAAUGGCCGGCUGGCGGUGGCAGCCAGCGCAUCGGGGCUGGACGCGGAUGCGCUCGGGGGUGCCUCCUUCGACCAUGGGUUGGAGGAGAGGGAUGUCGCACAGUGCCCGUUAGUGCGGGAAUGGUGCCCCAGGCUGCGCCAACCGGCUGGGUGCCCCUACCGUACCUUCUACAAAUGCGGCUGUGCGGGACACAUCGCCAUUGACUGCCGCCGCGGGACCAGAGGGUUCCCGCCGCAUCCAUCCUAUGGCUUCAACGACUCCUCUUCCCGCGACGUACAGGGCCGGAGGACCUAAGGACCAUGGACGGAGCGUUGCAGACUCCCUCAGCGGACCACUCAUCACACUCGAGCGGACCUGUCUCUACCCACGGGGACGGGCCUGCUGCACAUACUCGUUCACGACAUGUCGUUUUUAAUUAAUUCCCCAUUCCCUUGUCCUUGUUAUUGUUCAUGGUCACUGUUUAUGAUUGUAUUGUAGUUAGGGGUCAGUCACUGGACACUAUAGAGUUGUGUUAGGGGUUGUCACAUUGCGAGCGCACAGGUUAUGUAUAAUCACAGCCGGGACGGCUGCGUUUUUAUUCGUUGGGGGGGGGGGGGGGAUGAUGUAGUGUGAGAUGCAAAUGUGUGAGAUGGUGAAUCCAGUUUUUAAAAUGUUUAAUCAUUUUUUGUUAAAACCUUAAUUGAAAAAGCCAAUCUCUUUUUAAAAAAUAAUUUAUUUUUGGAAUAAUUCGCAUGGUUGUCUCCAUACGGUAUAAAAUAAGUUCAACAUACAAAAGUCUCAUUUAGAACCAGGGAACAGCCCAUUGAGACUAAAAUGCCUUUUGCCAAUAGCUCAAGUGAUAUGUAUGGUGAAGAAAUGUAAGAUUAAAUGCCAAAAUACCUAUCUCAAUUCAUAAUAUAUAGAUACAGAUAUUAAAACACCAACAAAUAUGAUUGUAUGUGUUUUCACUGAAGUGAUGUUUUGCAGUAUGUAAAUCAAAGUUUUACAUUAUUUUUUUAAAAGGUAAAUCAGCAGGUCUUGUGUGGUGGGGUAAAUUGUGACUACUCACACAUUCCAAUACAUCUUGCCAGUUUGAAAAAGUAGGUUAAAUAUUCGCUACGGGGGCUUUAGAUACCCUCCUUCUAGUGGAGGCUGGGCUGUGCCUUUACGUUUACCUUACAAAACUAAACUUUUUAUUUUACCAGAUAAGGCCUACUGAGCUAUACAACUCUUUUUCAGAAGCGAACCUGGCCACAAAUGAUAGCUUAACGAAGUGGC